UCCUCCCCCCGCCCGCCUUUCUGCCCCUUCUGCCCCGUAUUAAAGAGCUGCGGAGCGGUUCGCUGCUCUCUGCGCCUGGGACCCCGGCGCGCCGUCUCUAGCCGCGGGAGCCCGGGCGGGUCUGGCCAGGAUGGCGGAGAACGGGCUGCGGGACAAGGUGCUGAGCCUGGACUCCAUGAACCCCUGGGUGAAGCGGGUGGAGUACGCGGUGCGGGGCCCCAUCCUGACCCGCGCGGUGGAGCUGGAGGAGGAGCUGCGGCAGGGUGUGAAGAAGCCUUUCACAGAGGUGAUUAAAGCCAACAUUGGCGAUGCCCACGCCAUGGGCCAGCGCCCCAUCACCUUCCUGCGCCAGGUCAGCGCCCUGUGCCUGUACCCUGAGCUGCUGAGCGAACCCCUCUUCCCCGACGACGCCAAGCAGCGAGCACGCAGACUGCUGGCAGCAUGCGGAGGGCAGAGCGUCGGUGCCUACACGGCCAGCCACGGCAUCGAGAUCAUCCGCCAGGACGUGGCCCGGUACAUCGAGCGGCGGGACGGGGGCAUCCCCGCCAACCCGGACAACAUCUACCUGUCUACGGGUGCCAGUGAUGCUGUCAUGACCAUGCUGAAGCUGCUGGUGUCGGGGGAGGGCCGGUCGCGGACGGGCGUGAUGAUCCCCAUCCCCCAGUACCCGCUCUACUCGGCUGGCAUCGCCGAGCUGAACGCCGUGCAGGUCAACUACUACCUGGAUGAGGAGCACUGCUGGGCGCUGGACGUCGGGGAGCUGCGGCGGGCGCUGCACCAGGCUCGGGGGCACUGCCAGCCCCGCGUGCUCUGCAUCAUCAACCCUGGGAACCCCACCGGCCAGGUCCAGAGCCGGAAAUGCAUCGAGGAUGUCAUCAAGUUUGCGUGGGAGGAGCAGCUCUUCCUGAUGGCUGAUGAGGUCUAUCAGGACAACGUCUACGCCGAGGGCUCCGAGUUCCACUCCUUCAAGAAGGUCCUUUUCGAGCUGGGCCCCAAGUACUCAAGCGUGGUGGAGCUGGUAUCCUUCCACUCCAUCUCCAAGGGCUUCAUGGGAGAGUGUGGGUUCCGGGGCGGGUACAUGGAGGUGGUGAACCUGGAUCCGGCCGUGCAGCAGCAACUCUCCAAGCUGGUGUCGGUGCGUCUGUGCCCACCCGUGCCCGGCCAGGUGCUGCUGGACGUCGUCAUGAACCCACCAAAGCCUGGCGAGCCCUCGUACCAGAGCUUCAUCCGGGAGAAGCAGGUGGUGCUAAGUAACCUGGCCCAGAAAGCGCAGCUGACCCAGGAGAUCUUCAGCCAGGUGCCCGGGAUCCACUGUAACCCCGUCCAGGGCGCCAUGUACUCCUACCCCAGGAUCCAGAUCCCAGCCAGGGCUGUGCAGGAGGCCCAGGCUCGGGGCUUUGCCCCAGACAUGUUCUUCUGCCUCCAGCUGCUGGAGGAGACGGGCAUCUGCGUGGUGCCAGGGAGCGGCUUUGGGCAGCGAGAGGGCACCUAUCACUUCAGAAUGACCAUCCUGCCGCACGUGGAGAAGCUCCAGACCCUGCUGAAGAAACUCAGCCAGUUCUAUGCCAAGUUCACCCAGGAAUAUUCCUAAUGUGCUGCCCGGGGCAGCUGCCAGCUCUGCCCUGCCCGCCUGCCCAGCGCCCGCCGGGGGCCGGGGCCGCGUCUCUGACUGGCAGCUGUCCAGGCCCCCACACUGGGAUCCACCUGUGCCAGCCCAGCUGCCCCGCUCGCCGAGUGCUCCUGAGGGGUGCCAGGCGCUCUGGGGCUGUGCCAUGUCCCCGACACUCCACCCCCCCCCGGCCUUUGGGGGUGGGGCAGCUUGGGCACGGAAUGCACCAGCACCGGGAAGCUGUGUGCCAGCGAGCUCGCAGCCCCUGCCCCUCGUGGCCCAGCUGACUGUACUCCACUAGCCCCGUGCAGCCUGCUGGGCACCGCUGGAUGAGGUGCCCUGGCAUCUGGGCAGGCCCUGGCAUCACCAGUCAGUGGGACCUGCGGGUGGGCUCCAGCAGCACCCUCUGGGCCACCCACGGUCCCUCUCACGCACGUCCCGCGGGCCAGGGCACGGGGCACCAUGCUCUGUCUGCCAGACCCUGCCCAGGCUGUAUCACCAGCCCUGUCUGGGCCAGCAUAGCCCCUGCCCCACCACUGAUGCCACGCUCCAGGUGCCCACCAGCUCCUCGCCACCCACAUGGUGCCUUGAGCCAUCUGUCCUGAAGUGCCUUGUUCCCCCUCCUCCUCUGCUGACCCCCGUGCCCCGCAAGGGGGCAGCCGCAGUGGCUCUGUCUGCCCCAUAGGCCAGGCCAGCAGGGCUCCCUGUGCCACCCUCUUCCCCGGGGCUACAGCGGGUCAGACAGAGCCCCCCAGAGACCCAGGCUGGGCACACGGUGCCUGCCGAGGUGGAGAGCUGCCCGCUAGUGGCAUGGACAGCUGCAGCCCAUGGAGGGACAUGCCCAGCCCAGGAGGGUCUCUGAUUGAGCCUGUGGGGUUUUGUUCUGCCCCCCCCUCCAGCUCGUCCGCAGGGCCCCCCUGCGCCUGGGUCCUGGGCAGAGACGUGGCCGGGGGCGGGCGCAUGAGGCUGGGCGACGGCCAGCUGGAGAUGGGGCUUCACGGGGGCCUGGCUUGGACCCCCCAGAGCAGCAAUAAACAGUUAAUGACUGAACAAGG